CACAGCUUCAAUCUCCACCGCCAGAGAUUUUUCCAUGUGGAGGCUGUUUCAAUGGACGUGCCCCCGUGUGCUUCUUAGUCAAUCGGCAGUCUCCUAAAGGUUGACCAUGGUUGCCGGGAUCCGCUCUCUUCUAGCGCUGCUGCUUUACCAAGUUUUGCUGGGUAGUUCGGCCGGCCUCAUCCCGGAGGUGGGCCGGAGGAAGUUUGCUGAAUCCGGCCGCUCCACGCCGCAGCAGUCAGAAGAAAUCUUGAGCGAGUUUGAGCUGCGGCUCCUCAGUAUGUUCGGGCUGAAGCAGAGACCGAGCCCUAGCAAAAACGCGAUCAUCCCCCCCUACAUGCUAGAUCUCUACCGCCUGCAUUCGGGCCAGCUGGGGGAUCCCACCAUGGAUUACCGGCUGGAGAGAGCAACCAGCCGGGCUAAUACCGUCCGGAGCUUCCACCAUGAAGAAUCUUUGGAAGAGCUGCCAGAAACAAAUGGGAAAACAGUCCGGCGUUUCUUCUUUAAUUUAACUUCCAUCCCCAAUGAGGAAUUUAUCACCUCAGCUGAACUUAAGGUUUUUCGGGAGCAGGUUCAGGAAGCUUUUAAAAAUAACACCAAUCACCAUCAUCGUAUUAAUAUUUAUGAAAUCAUAAAGCCAGCAACAUCCAUCUCUGAAUACCCCAUCACAAGACUGUUGGACACAAGGUUGGUAAAUCAUAAUGCAAGCAAAUGGGAAAACUUUGAUGUCACACCCGCUGUGAUGAGGUGGAUUGCACAGGGACAGGCAAAUCACGGGUUUGUGGUAGAAGUGGUUCACUUGGAUGAUGACAGAGCGGUCUCCAAGAGACAUGUAAGGAUUAGUAGGUCUUUGCAUCAGGACGAUCAUAGCUGGUCACAGAUAAGACCAUUACUAGUAACUUUUGGCCAUGAUGGCAAAGGACAUCCUCUCCACAAGAGAGAAAAGCGUCAAGCAAAACACAAACAGCGGAAACGCCUCAAGUCCAGUUGCAAGCGACAUCCUUUAUAUGUAGACUUCAGUGAUGUGGGGUGGAAUGACUGGAUUGUUGCCCCACCAGGGUAUCAUGCCUUUUACUGCCAUGGGGAAUGUCCCUUUCCAUUGGCUGAUCACCUGAACUCAACAAAUCAUGCCAUUGUUCAGACUUUGGUCAAUUCAGUUAACUCCAAAAUCCCCAAGGCAUGCUGUGUACCAACAGAACUCAGUGCUAUCUCCAUGCUCUACCUUGAUGAAAAUGAAAAAGUCGUGUUAAAGAAUUAUCAAGAUAUGGUUGUGGAGGGAUGUGGGUGCCGUUAGCACAGCAGAAUUUUAAAAAAUAUAUAUUAGACAAAAGCAAAAAAAAAAUACAAGUUGACACUUUAAUAUUUCCCAAUGAAGACUUUAUUUAUGUAAUGAAAUGAAAAAAAAAAACACAGCUAUUUUGAAAAUAUAUUUAUGUCUACAAAAAGUUGGGAAAACAAAUAUUUUAAUCAGAGAAUUAUUCCUUAAAGAUUUUAAAUGUAUUUUAGUUGUACAUUUUAUAUGGGUUCAACCCCAGCACAUGAAGUAUAAUGGUCAGAUUCUUAUUUUGUAUUUAUUUACUAUUAUAACCACUUUUUAGAAAAAAUAGCUAAUUUGUAUUUAUAUAUAAUCAAAAGAAAUAUAGGGUUUGUACAUAAUUUUCUAAAAUUGUAGCUGUUUCAGUUGUGUGUAUUUAAGUUGAAAAGUAUACAUGGAAGGUUACUAUGGCAAAGUGCAUAGCACAUUUGCUUUUUGCAGUGCUACUGUUAAGGUCACAAGUUCAAGUCCAGAAAAAAAAGUGGAUAAUCCACUCUGCUGACUUUCAAGAUUAUUAUAUUGUACAAUUCUCAGGAAUGCUGCAGGGUGGGCUGUCCAAUCCAUGAGAACUGGCAUCUUCGUUAGACGGAAUCUUUGGAUAAGAACCAGACAUUGUUGAUUUAAUAGAAAUACUAAAAUUCCCAACUAAUUUGCAGAGCGAUUACAGCAGGGCCAAUCAAAACCUUUAGUAAAAUGUUUGAACUUAUAGGAAAGUGAAUGAUGGCUGUUUGUUCUUCUUUCCUUAACUAGUAACCCCUUUAAAUAGCUGUCCUGGCCAAAGCAUUAAAUAAAAUACGAGUUCUUCAUUAUUAAUAUUGUGGUCACGUAUAUUUAAAACUGAUUUCUGCUGGCCCUUGCCUUAACAGAUGGGAAUGAGUCUUAAAAAAAAAAAAAAAAAAAAAAAAAACCUCAAAUGGGAGUUUGUUAAACUAAAAUGAUCCUUGUCUUCAAAUUUUGCCCCGAGUAAAACAAAAUAUUGUCAUCCAUGAUUUCUGUCUACCCUAGUGCUGUCUGUCAAAUUCACUUGCCUUUCUUUCUAAGGUUCUGUGUUUGAACGUAUUUUCCAAAUGUUAAACCUAUUUCAGAUAAUAAAUAUUGGAACUCUGA